UUACUGUUUAAUAUGUAUAACUCAAUCUUGAUGUUCUUAUUUAUAUUUCUUUUAAUUAUUACUUCAAAAUGAGUACUCGAUAGCUAUUUAGUUGAUUUAUUUUACUUGGGUUUCUUUAAUUUUGCUCAUUUUUCUUUAAUGCUUGAUACUAAAAGUAUGAUUCAUUUUGCUGCAUAAAGUUGUUUGCUGAUCUGCAUUUGCAUAAUUAGAAAUUUUCUUAUGGAAGCAUGCUUGUUUUUCGGGAUAGUGUUCUUUUCGUAUUAGUUGCGGCUUGAUUACCUAACUUCUGAUUUAAUCUGUGAUGAACAAUGCAUAUAAUUAUUAGAUUCAGAGAGCUUAUUGGCACCAAAAUUGACAAUGUUCUGGUUUUUUCGGGUUACUGCUCUUUUCGUAUUUGGUUGUUGGUUGAUUAGUCCAUUUGCGAUGAACAAUGCAUUUAAAUUAUUGAGUUCAGAGAGCUUUUUGGCACCAAAAUUGAAAAUUUUCUGAUCCUGUUUCAGUAGAUUUUGUAAUAAAGGUACAAGCUUUUGAUGUUUUUUUUUUUAAUUGGGAUGUUGCAAUUAAUACUUUGACGUAACAGACAGUCAUGUAAUUUCAAGUUUUUCUGUUCUGGCAUAUAGGUUUUUAGCAUUUGGAUGACUACAUGGAGAAUGUCACAGAUAAAUCUGCAGUACAUCCACAGGUGGUUCCUCGAAUCGGAAAUGAGUAUCAGGCGGAUAUUCCACCCUUGAUUGCUAAAUUCGAGCGGUUGGAGAUUACAAACAAGCAUGCUGAUUCAGAAGUCCUUGAUCUGUCAUUUUCACUGGGAUUACCUAUCCCAUGGAAACAUUGUGAAGCUGGAAAGUUCAAGGGAAAUGUAGAGUCUGUUGGAAGCAGUAAAGAAAAUGAAAUUUCAGAACUUGAAGUUAAACCUCGAAAUGCUGUGUUGGGAGAUGCAAAGGAUGUCGAAGACUCUCAGAUCAAACCUUGGAGCAAAAUUGAGGAAGAUAGUUUUCUCCUCGGUCUGUAUAUAUUUGGGAAGAAUCUUACUCUUGUGAAGCGAUUUAUUGGAAGUAUGGAUAUGGGGGAUGUACUGUAUUUUUACUAUGGAAAGUUCUAUGGUUCUGAUGGAUAUCGCAGAUGGUCAAAGUGUAGGAAGUUAAAAGGUAACCCCUGUAUACAAGGGGAAAAAGUGUUUACGGGGUGGAGGCAGAAGGAACUGUUAUCAAGAUUGUUUUCUCGUGUGUCCAAGGACUGCGAAGAUAUGCUGAUGGAGAGUUCGAGAUGUUUUGCAGGGGGAAAGAUUUUAUUUGAAGAAUAUAUAUUCAAGUUAAGGGACAUUGUUGGCGUUUGUAUGCUUAUAGAAGCAGUAGGUAUUGGAAAAGGGAAGCAAGACCUUACCGGCACUACUUUGAAGCCAACAAAGAACAGUCUUGCCAUCUCUUUUCGUCCAGAAGUACCGAUUGGAAAAGCCUGUUCCUCCCUUACAACGCCAGAGAUCAUCAAGUAUCUAACAGGAGAUUUAAAGUUGAGUAAAAAGCGGUCGAAUGAUCUUUUCUGGGAAGCUGUUUGGCCCCGUCUUUUAGCACGAGGAUGGCAUUCCGAGCAGCGUAAUCUGUCUUUGGUGUUUAUUGUACCUGGUAUAGAGAAGUUUUCAAGGCGCCUUGUGAGAGGUAAUCAGUACUUUGAUUCUGUCCAUGAGGUCUUGAAGAAUGUGGCGUCUAACCCCGAUAUUCUUGAGCUUGAUAAUGAAGCAGCUAAAGGCAGAGAAGAGGAAUCAGCUAAAUUCAAUGAAGUUGAUAUGUUAAAUAAGCAACACCGUCAUUACCUCCUUCCACACAGGAGCACAAAUGGGGAUAUAGAUCUAAUGAAGUUUACAAUUGUGGAUACAAGUAUGCUUCAUGUAGCAGAAGCAGAACAAUCGAAGGUACGAAAACUGAGGAGUUUGCCUGUUCAAACUGAAAGUAUAAGUACUCCCUCCAAUCCUUUUACUGAAACCGAACAAGAUAUAUAUGAAGAGUCAAAAGAUGAUGCAGAAGAAGAAAAAACUACCUCAAACCCCGCUGAGGAUAUAAUUGACAGGACAACAUUUCUCGACUCCUCAGAUUGCGUAACUAGUAUCCAUGAAUCUCAAUGUUUAAAUCUUCUCAAUGACAAGUCUCCAAGCAAGGCAACGAAUUAUAACUGCAUCCCCACGAUGAAGUCAGACGAUUUGAGAUAUUUGGCCCCUGAAAGAAAACAGAAGGAUUUGACUGAUUGUAAUGAUGGAGACUCAAGCUCCAGUGAUGAAAAUGUGUCUGUGGAUAAGAAGCUAACUCCAGAUGAGCCCCUUGUCGAAUCAAACUUACAUAGUUCGCGUGUAGGCCUGCACUCCGAAAAAUCGCAAUCUUGGAUAUGCAUUGACUUGAACCUUCCUUAUGUUCCAACAGAUGCGGACAUUGAUAAACCCUUGAUCAAGGACACAAUGCAAAAUAAUGACAACGCAAGUGCGAACGGGUCAGCAUUUGAUUCAUUUCUAUCCAAAACAAGCGAGCAGCCUGAGCCACUGAAGCUUCCUGAACUGUUGACCAAGGACAUGAUGCAACAUAAUGACAACUCAGGUGCAAACAAGUCAUCAUUUGAUUCAUUUCUAUCUGAGACAAGCCAGCUUGAGAUACCGAAGCUUCCUGAACCAGUGAUCAAGGAUGUGGCACAAAGUAAUGACGACUCAAGUGUGAAGAAGAUAAGCAGUCUAUCAGAAACAAGGAAGCAGCCUUUCAUUAAGAGCCAGAGGCAGAGUACAAGGAACCGGCCAUUGACCACAAAAGUGCAGGAAGCUCUUAAGCAUGAUCUCUUUACGACAAGGAGGAAGAGAAAGGGUGAGACAUUACAAAAUAAGUCAACAACACCAAGGUCUCAAAGAGCUCGGGGAAGCUCUAUCGUUGGUGCAGCUUUUGAUGAUAGUGUUGUUGCUAAUGCUGCAGACACAAGGAUAGAAGAUGAACAUUCGGAUAGAGGUUUGUAACAUUGUAUGUACAGCGAAAAAUGCCAACCCGGUUAGAGCAUUCGAAUAUUGCACAAGGAGGUCCCUUGAGGCAAAUUCACUAUUUGUUCAAUGAGGUAGAGCAGAUUGUUUGAGGUUGUGCUGAAUGGGGCUGAUCGGAAAAGGCGUUUCGCACCCGUAUAUGAUCUCCUGGAAUUCAAGAUGUGAGUACAGAGUUGUCCGGUUUGACUCAAUUUUCUGAAGCUUUUGAAGCUUCAUCAUGUAAAUUGUACAAGUGAAAUCAUGAAUGUGUUUUUUUUGUAC